AUGUCCAGGAUGAACCGUGCCUUUUCAACAUCACUGGUUAGGCCGCCCCUGCCGUUGAGAAGACCCUCCUCCGGUCCAGGUUUGGUGACCCCGAGCAGCCCGAGCCCUGUAAUUAAUAACCAGGGCACCUGCUUACCCCAAGAAUGGUCUGCGAUGACUAGCAGCUCAGAUGCUCUCGAAGCUGAAAGUAACAGAAACGAGCAAGGGUGGAUGCCUGUGAGAGACAACAGUGCUAGAGCUGGACUCAUGUCUUCUCCAGUAACAGUGAGCCUGUGUAAUUACUGCAGUAAGAAAGGUAACCUUAAAUGCACACGCUGCAAAAAGACUUGUUAUUGCUCGGUAGCUUGUCAGACUGAGGACUGGAAGGCCCAUCGCCAUAUUUGUAAACCAAGUACUACAGAAAAUAGUACAAGUGAUGACCCAAAGGAUUCCCCGACCCGACCUUGUGGAGCUAGUGCUUUAGAAUCCAAAGUGAACAGUCUCUUUGUUGGACCAAAGAGAGUUUACCUGCGAGAUUUACGCAAGAAUAACUUUUCCAAAGGAGACGAAGUCCAGGCAUCUGUGGUGGAAAUGAGAACCCCUGAGAAGUUCUUUAUCCACAUCCAAUCAGUGGACAUGUCUGAGACCUUAAAGAACAUCACUCUAAAUCUACAGAAGACCUACAGUGGUUCACCUACGUCUGUGUACCAGCCCGAAAUUGAGGAAAUCUGUGCUGUGAAAUUCUCUUUUGAUCAGAAUUGGUAUCGAGGUGAAAUUGAGUCUGUUGAUUUGGAUAACCACAUUGCCAGAGUGCUCUACAUAGACUUUGGAAAUGAGGAGAGUGUCAGCUUUAACCAGAUACACCCGCUGUCAGCAAAUAUUGACGCUGCACCACCAUGUGCUCUGCGGUGUUGUAUUGCUGGAGUAACUGCAAUCACCAGCAGUUGGACAGGUGAAUGCUGUAUUGCAUUGCGGCAGCAGGUUGCUGGAAAGAUCCUGACUUUCACUGUGGUGGAUGUCCUGAACAGUAGCACUGUGCUUGCUGUCGAUGCGCCUCUGUCGACACCUGGUAAGAAUCUCAGUACUUUCUUAAUUGACCAGGGCUAUGCGACAAAAGAGAGCACUUCCACAAAGCCAAAGAUCAAGCAAGAUAUCAAUUCUUUAAUGACUGCAUCACUUGAAAACUUCAAGCGUUUGUCUGAUGGGAAAAAUGAAAACACUGAAGCUCAGCCACCAGAGCCCUUGAGUCAAGGAGUGGGAGACACCUUCACAGCUAUAGUCACCCAUCUUCAGUCCCCUUCAGAGAUCAUCUGCCAAAAGCUAGAAAAUGCCCGUAUUAUUCAACAGUUGCAAAAAAAUUUGAGAGAACACUGUGCCAAGAUUCAAGCCAGUGAGAACUUCCGACCUGCUCCUGGAACUGUCUGCUGUUCCCUUUUCUCAGAGGACAAUCAGUGGUAUAGGGCGGAAGUUUUGGCGUAUUCCUCUGAGGAUCGUGUGUGUGUAGGCUACAUAGACUUCGGGAACUCUGAAGAGGUGCAGUUGAAUCAGUUGCGUCCUCUCAGUAUGGAUCUGUUGGCUUUGGCUACUCAGGCAAUCCCAUGUGCUCUGGCAGAUAUUAAGCCCACUUCAGAUGUGUGGUCUGAGGAGACUGUGGUAAUGCUGAAACAGUUGGUCUGUAACCGCUUCAUCCGUGUGGAGAUUCUUGGGGAGCAAGAUGGAACAGCUUUGGUCUCGAUGGUUGAUGAGUACAGUGAUCCUCAGACUAAUGUAGCUGAGCUACUGGUUGCUACAGGUCAUGCUGCUGUAGGAAAUAUGGAAAGGAAAAAAGAGGAAGAAGUUGAAAGCCCUAAUGGUCCUGUAGACAAAUUGAAGUGGUCCUGUGCAGAACUUCCCGUUGAUGGCCAGAAGGUGGUGCUAGUGGUCAGUGUACUGGAAAAUCCAGGCCAAUUCUAUUGCUAUAAUUACAGCGCAGAAGGCAUGCAGACCCUGGCAGAGUUGUCCGCUGCUCUGAUGAAGCACUGUGAGGCUGACGGGACUCCUUUCAACCCUGCUGUUGGAGACCCCUGUUGUGCACUCUACAGUGAUGGGAGCUGGUACAGGGGCAUUGUGCAGAGUCUUGAGGGAGAUGGAAAUGCAAAUGUGUACUUUGUAGAUUAUGGGAACAUGUGUAAAGUACAUGCAGCCCAUCUAAGAGCCAUCAAGCCUAGCCUCCUCAAACACCCUUUCCAGGCCAUAUGUUGUUGGCUUGCAGGGCUUGAGCCUGUAGGAGGGGAGUGGAGUAAGGAAGCAGUGCAGAAGUUCCAGACUCUGUGUGUGGGGAAGCAGCUGAGUGGCAGAGUGUUAUCGGUCACUGAGAAGGGUUAUGGAGUGGAGCUGGAGUGGAGUGGCUGCAACGUUGCUGCUGUACUCAUUGCAGAACAGCUCGCCAAACCUUCAGGACAGGAGAGCAAGCCUGAUUCACAAGCAGCUAUGUUCAUUGAACCAGCAGAAGCAUCUCCUGCACCGGUGCCUGCUGAGAAUCACUCGCGCACUGAGCAGCCAGCUACAAGUCCUGGACAGAAACCUGCCGCAUCGCAGUCCAGUACAUCAACUGCUUCAUUUCCUCUGGACUGGAAGACAGUGGAGUUGCCUUCCAGUGAGACUUUCCAGCCUCAAAUAGCAGCAGUGACCAGCCCAAGUCUCUUCUAUGUGAUGAAUCCUAGAGAGGUGAACAUCGAGAAGCUGCAGUGUGUUAUGACGGAUGUGAUGAAGUAUUGUAACAAGCAGACCCUGCCCAACCAGAGCAUGCCUUUACCUGGAGCAGCCUGCUGUGCUCAGUUCUCAGGUGACAAAAAUUGGUACAGAGCUGUUGUAUUGCAAGCUACAAGCACAUGCGCAAAUGUGGUUUAUGCAGACUAUGGGAACAUGGAGAGGGUUCCUGUCUCCAGCCUCCUGCCCAUCCCAAAAGCACUUCUGCAGCACCCGUUUCAAAUAGUUAGGUGUGCUCUUUCAGGUAAAGAACACUUCCCAAUUCUGUGGCCUCCUGAGGUUUUGGAGCUUUUUAAUGAACAGCUGAGUGGCAAAGUACUGGCCUCUGUAGAUCAUUUUGAUGGCACCUUUAACCUGCUAAAUGUGACUGAGCACUCAGCCCAAGGAGGCAGCAACAUCAACUCUGUUGUUUUAGAGGCACUAAAGAAAGCUUCUGGCAAGUCCAGCACAAAAACAGCAACCCAAGACACACAGGUGCAGGGACAUGAGCAGACACAGGCUGCUAGCACGUCCUCUGCCUCAGCUCAUAAUUUAUCUGCAGACACUGUGAAGCCAAAACCUCAGAAUCACAAAAAAGAAAAAAAGACAACAAUGACCAGCAUGGAAAAGGAGGAUCCACAGGCCCUUCCACAUUCAAAGGUUACUGAUAGCGCAUCUCCCACUUCAUGCUGUUGUGUGUCCCUUGAGCAGAAGAUUGCCCAUAUUGAAGAGUUGCUCCUUCUGCUUGUUGAGCAAAUGGGUGGAAGACGAAAGUAAUGAGAUUGUUCCA